AUGUCUCUCAGUCCCAAUACUGAACAGAAAACGAAAGUCCUCAUCACAGGAGCCAAUACAGGAAUAGGGUACGAGACCUGCCUGGCGCUCCUCCGAUCCCCAAUCCCAUGUACGAUCUUCCUUGGUUCAAGGUCAAGGAUCAAUGCUGAAAAUGCAAUCAAGAAGCUUUACGAGCAGAUUAAUGUCGACCGAUCAAGCUCCGGCUCUGACUCAGAGGUGAUUCCGGUUGUUGUUGAUUUGGAAAGUGACGAGUCUAUAUCAGCAUGUUAUGAGGAAGUGAAAAGUAGGACAGAUAAACUUGACGUCCUGGUGAACAAUGCUGGAGCAGCGUUCGAUGGAACUGGAUCCAAAAAUGGAAUGAGUCAAAGGGAGAUUUUUAAUCGAACGUUUGAUAUCAACGUCACCGGAACUCAUGCUAUAACUCAAACGUUCAUACCGCUUCUAUUCAACUCGGCCAAUCCAAGAAUCCUAUUUCUUACUUCUGGAUCAGCUAGUCUGACACGUACGGAGGAUACUAGCUUCUCACUUAACAAAUCGCCCGGACCGGGAUGGCCCAAAGAAGAAGAAGGGGAAGGAGGAUAUUUAUCGUAUAAAUCAUCCAAGUUGGCUUUGAAUAUGAUAAUGAGGGACUGGAUCAGGUUGUUGCGCAAUGAUCACAAGUUCAAGAUAUGGUCCAUCAAUCCUGGAACAGUCCUAACUGGUCUAGGAGGCGAUAAAGAGCAAUUGAAGAAAUGGAAUGCCAAAUCACCGGAGACAAGUGGGAUAUUCAUUAGAGAUGUGAUCGAGGGAAAGAGGGAUGAUCAAGUUGGGAAAAGUAUCUCACCACCUGGCGCACCUUCAGGUGAUAUCCUGCCUUGGUAG